AUGCUGUCUGUGUUUCCUCUCCCCCUCAGUCCCAAGGGGAAGAAGUUCCGGAGCAAACCUCAGCUGUCCCGUUACCUAGGCAACACGGUGGACCUGGGAUGCUUCGACUUCCGAACGGGCAAGAUGAUGCCCAGCAAGCUGCAGAAGAGCAAACAGAGGCUACGGAAUGAGAAUCUCACCAUCAACAAGGUACAGGUUAGCCUGGGCUACACAUCAGGGGCCAUCAACUGGUACAGGUUAGCCUGGGCUACACAUCAGGGGCCAUCAACUGGUACAGGUUAGCCUGGGCUACACAUCAGGGGCCAUCAACUGGUACAGGUUAGCCUGGGCUACACAUCAGGGGCCAUCAACUGGUACAGGUUAGCCUGGGCUACACAUCAGGGGCCAUCAACUGGUACAGGUUAGCCUGGGCUACACAUCAGGGGCCAUCAACUGGUACAGGUUAGCCUGGGCUACACAUCAGGGGCCAUCAACUGGUACAGGUUAGCCUGGGCUACACAUCAGGGGCCAUCAACUGGUACAGGUUAGCCUGGGCUACACAUCAGGGGCCAUCAACUGGUACAGGUUAGCCUGGGCUACACAUCAGGGGCCAUCAACUGGUACGGGUUAGCCUGGGCUACACAUCAGGGGCCAUCAACUGGUACGGGUUAGCCUGGGCUACACAUCAGGGGCCAUCAACUGGUACGGGUUAGCCUGGGCUACACAUCAGGGGCCAUCAACUGGUACAGGUUAGCCUGGGCUACACAUCAGGGGCCAUCAACUGGUACAGGUUAGCCUGGGCUACACAUCAGGGGCCAUCAACUGGUACAGGUUAGCCUGGGCUACACAUCAGGGGCCAUCAACUGGUACAGGUUAGCCUAGGCUACACAUCAGGGGCCAUCAACUGGUACAGGUUAGCCUGGGCUACACAUCAGGGGCCAUCAACUGGUACAGGUUAGCCUGGGCUACACAUCAGGGGCCAUCAACUGGUACAGGUUAGCCUGGGCUACACAUCAGGGGCCAUCAACUGGUACAGGUUAGCCUGGGCUACACAUCAGGGGCCAUCAACUGGUACAGGUUAGCCUGGGCUACACAUCAGGGGCCAUCAACUGGUACAGGUUAGCCUAGGCUACACAUCAGGGGCCAUCAACUGGUACAGGUUAGCCUGGGCUACACAUCAGGGGCCAUCAACUGGUACAGGUUAGCCUGGGCUACACAUCAGGGGCCAUCAACUGGUACAGGUUAGCCUGGGCUACACAUCAGGGGCCAUCAACUGGUACAGGUUAGCCUGGGCUACACAUCAGGGGCCAUCAACUGGUACAGGUUAGCCUGGGCUACACAUCAGGGGCCAUCAACUGGUACAGGUUAGCCUGGGCUACACAUCAGGGGCCAUCAACUGGUACAGGUUAGCCUGGGCUACACAUCAGGGGCCAUCAACUGGUACAGGUUAGCCUGGGCUACACAUCAGGGGCCAUCAACUGGUACAGGUUAGCCUGGGCUACACAUCAGGGGCCAUCAACUGGUACAGGUUAGCCUGGGCUACACAUCAGGGGCCAUCAACUGGUACAGGUUAGCCUGGGCUACACAUCAGGGGCCAUCAACUGGUACAGGUUAGCCUGGGCUACACAUCAGGGGCCAUCAACUGGUACAGGUUAGCCUAGGCUACACAUCAGGGGCCAUCAACUGGUACAGGUUAGCCUGGGCUACACAUCAGGGGCCAUCAACUGCUGUUCACUAUGUUCUCCUCGUGGCCAAUUGUAUUUAUUUAGUCUUUAUUUUAGCAGGGAGUCAUAUUGAGACCAAGGUCUCUUUCACAGAAGACUAUUCUCAGCUCCUUACUGUUCUCAGCCCUGUGCUAGCAGUGGUUUUCAUGACUAGCCUGUGUACUUCAAUAUUUUCUUCACUCAAUGGCUACGUCCCAAUUAUCUCUCCUUCCUCCCAAAGUGUGCACUUGUUCACUUCCCUUUUUGCUGAUUUUGAAAGUGACUGGUAUAGGUAAUAUGGUGGAAAUACCCACUGUAGCCCAUGCCUCCACCAAUCCAAUGCUUGAUGAUUUGUGGGAAGCUGUCAACGAGUGUACACUUCAGGAGAAAUUAGAUAUUAUUGGGAUGAACCCUCUGAAUGGCACACAUAUACAAUCCAUGUCUCAGUUGUCUCAAGGCUUUAAAAUCCUUCUUUAACCUGUCUCCUCCCCUUCAUCGACACUGAUUUUGAAGUGGAUUUAACAAGUGACAUCAAUAAGGGAUCAUAGCUUUCACCUGGAUUCACCUGGUCAGUCUGUCAUGGAAAGAGUAGGUGUUCCUAAUGUUUUGGACACUCACACAUUUCCCUGUUCCCGGUAAAACAUUCCACUCUUGAACGAUUGAUGGUUGUGGACCUCAAUACUAGCUACAGUACACCUAUCAGACCUGUGUGAUCUAAUGCUGUUGUUGUUGUUGUUCUUUGAUCUAAUGCUGUUGUUGUUGUUGUUGUUUGAUCUAAUGCUGUUGUUGUUGUUGUUCUUUGAUCUAAUGUUGUUGUUGUUGUUUGUGAUCUAAUGCUUUUAGAUUUGUGGGAAGUAGUCAAGUAGUCAAUUUGUGUGAAGUGUACACUUCAGGGAGAAAUGAGAUAUUAUUGGGAUGAACCCAGUGCCUGUAGGUAAUUCCCUAUCUUCCCUUAACACGAUCAGUGCUGCUCUCCAUGUUGCACCGCAACUGACUGUGUUGUAGUAGCUGUUGAGUAUAUCUGUUGCUGUGUUGUAGUAGCUGUUGAGUAUAUCUGUUGCUGUGUUGUAGUAGCUGUUGAGUAUAUCUGUUGCUGUGUUGUAGUAGCUGUUGAGUAUAUCUGUUGCUGUGUUGUAGUAGCUGUUGAGUAUAUCUGUUGCUGUGUUGUAGUAGCUGUUGAGUAUAUCUGUUGCUGUGUUUGUAGUAGCUGUUGAGUAUAUCUGUUGCUGUGUUGUAGUAGCUGUUGAGUAUAUCUGUUGCUGUGUUGUAGUAGCUGUUGAGUAUAUCUGUUGCUGUGUUGUAGUAGCUGUUGAGUAUAUCUCUUGCUGUGUUGUAGUAGCUGUUGAGUAUAUCUCUUGCUGUGUUGUAGUAGCUGUUGAGUAUAUCUGUUGCUGUGUUGUAGUAGCUGUUGAGCAUAUCUCUUGCUGUGUUGUAGUAGCUGUUGAGUAUAUCUGUUGCUGUGUUGUAGUAGCUGUUGAGUAUAUCUGUUGCUGUGUUGUAGUAGCUGUUGAGUAUAUCUGUUGCUGUGUUGUAGUAGCUGUUGAGUAUAUCUGUUGCUGUGUUGUAGUAGCUGUUGAGUAUAUCUGUUGCUGUGUUGUAGUAGCUGUUGAGUAUAUCUGUUGCUGUGUUGUAGUAGCUGUUUGAGUAUAUCUGUUGCUGUGUUGUAGUAGCUGUUGAGUAUAUCUGUUUGCUGUGUUGUAGUAGCUGUUGAGUAUAUCUGUUGCUGUGUUGUAGUAGCUGUUGAGUUAUAUCUGUUGCUGUGUUUGUAGUAGCUGUUGAGUAUAUCUGUUGCUGUGUUGUAGUAGCUGUUGAGCAUAUCUCUUGCUGUGUUGUAGUAGCUGUUGAGUAUAUCUGUUGCUGUGUUGUAGUAGCUGUUGAGUUAUAUCUUUGUGGUGUUGCUGUGUUGUAGUAGCUGUUGAGUAUAUCUGUUGCUGUGUUGUAGUAGCUGUUGAGUAUAUCUGUUGCUGUGUUGUAGUAGCUGUUGAGUAUAUCUGUUGCUGUGUUGUAGUAGCUGUUGAGUAUAUCUGUUGCUGUGUUGUAGUAGCUGUUGAGUAUAUCUGUUGCUGUGUUGUAGUAGCUGUUGAGUAUAGAAUGCGAAUCAAUGGGAAUCCAUUCUAGUAAUUAUAUUUCUAUGUUAUAGGCUACGUUAUUGGUAGGUCAGAGGUCAUACAGACAGACAGAGGCUCUACUGGCGGCUCUCCUCUCACCUGCCAGUCAGUCAGUACACAUGGAGGACCACAUCCACUGUACAUAGUUCAACGUACAGUCAGUCAGUACACAUGGAGGACCACAUCCACUGUACAUAGUUUCAACGUACGGUCAGUCAGUACACAUGGAGGACCACAUCCACUGUACAUAGUUCAACGUACAGUCAGUCAGUACACAUGGAGGACCACAUCCACUGUACAUAGUUCAACGUACGGUCAGUCAGUACACAUGGAGGACCACAUCCACUGUACAUAGUUCAACGUUACGGUCAGUCAGUACACAUGGAGGACCCACAUCCACUGUACAUAGUUCAACGUACAGUCAGUCAGUACACAUGGAGGACCACAUCCAUGUACAUAGUUCAACGUACAGUCAGUCAGUACACAUGGAGGACCACAUCCACUGUACAUAGUUCAACGUACAGUCAGUCAGUACACAUGGAGGACCACAUCCACUGUACAUAGUUCAACGUACAGUCAGUCAGUACACAUGGAGGACCACAUCCACUGUACAUAGUUCAACGUACGGUCAGUCAGUACACAUGUAGGACCACAUCCACUGUACAUAGUUCAACGUACAGUCAGUCAGUACACAUGGAGGACCACAUCCACUGUACAUAGUUCAACGUACAGUCAGUCAGUACACAUGUAGGACCACAUCCACUGUACAUAGUUCAACGUACAGUCAGUCAGUACACAUGGAGGACCACAUCCACUGUACAUAGUUCAACGUAUGGUCAGUCAGUACACAUGGAGGACCACAUCCACUGUACAUAGUUCAACGUACAGUCAGUCAGUACACAUGGAGGACCACAUCCACUGUACAUAGUUCAACGUAUGGUCAGUCAGUACACAUGGAGGACCACAUCCACUGUACAUAGUUCAACGUACGGUCAGUCAGUACACAUGUAGGACCACAUCCACUGUACAUAGUUCAACGUACAGUCAGUCAGUACACAUGGAGGACCACAUCCACUGUACAUAGUUCAACGUACAGUCAGUCAGUACACAUGUAGGACCACAUCCACUCUACAUAGUUCAACGUACAGUCAGUCAGUACACAUGGAGGACCACAUCCACUGUACAUAGUUCAACGUAUGGUCAGUCAGUACACAUGGAGGACCACAUCCACUGUACAUAGUUCAACGUACAGUCAGUCAGUACACAUGGAGGACCACAUCCACUGUACAUAGUUCAACGUAUGGUCAGUCAGUACACAUGGAGGACCACAUCCACUGUACAUAGUUCAACGUACAGUCAGUCAGUACACAUGGAGGACCACAUCCACUGUACAUAGUUCAACGUACAGUCAGUCAGUACACAUGGAGGACCACAUCCACUGUACAUAGUUCAACGUACAGUCAGUCAGUACACAUGUAGGACCACAUCCACUCUACAUAGUUCAACGUACAGUCAGUCAGUACACAUGGAGGACCACAUCCACUGUACAUAGUUCAACGUACAGUCAGUCAGUACACAUGUAGGACCACAUCCACUGUACAUAGUUCAACGUACAGUCAGUCAGUACACAUGGAGGACCACAUCCACUGUACAUAGUUCAACGUAUGGUCAGUCAGUACACAUGGAGGACCACAUCCACUGUACAUAGUUCAACGUACAGUCAGUCAGUACACAUGGAGGACUACAUCCACUGUACAUAGUUCAACGUACAGUCAGUCAGUACACAUGGAGGACCACAUCCACUGUACAUAGUUCAACGUAUGGUCAGUCAGUACACAUGGAGGACCACAUCCACUGUACAUAGUUCAACGUACAGUCAGUCAGUACACAUGGAGGACCACAUCCACUGUACAUAGUUCAACGUACAGUCAGUCAGUACACAUGGAGGACCACAUCCACUGUACAUAGUUCAACGUACAGUCAGUCAGUACACAUGGAGGACCACAUCCACUGUACAUAGUUCAACGUACAGUCAGUCAGUACACAUGGAGGACCACAUCCACUGUACAUAGUUCAACGUACAGUCAGUCAGUACACAUGGAGGACCACAUCCACUGUACAUAGUUCAACGUACAGUCAGUCAGUACACAUGGAGGACCACAUCCACUGUACAUAGUUCAACGUACGGUCAGUCAGUACACAUGGAGGACCACAUCCACUGUACAUAGUUCAACGUACAGUCAGUCAGUACACAUGGAGGACCACAUCCACUGUACAUAGUUCAACGUACAGUCAGUCAGUACACAUGGAGGACCACAUCCACUGUACAUAGUUCAACGUACAGUCAGUCAGUACACAUGGAGGACCACAUCCACUGUACAUAGUUCAACGUACAGUCAGUCAGUACACAUGGAGGACCACAUCCACUGUACAUAGUUCAACGUACAGUCAGUCAGUACACAUGGAGGACCACAUCCACUGUACAUAGUUCAACGUACAGUCAGUCAGUACACAUGGAGGACCACAUCCACUGUACAUAGUUCAACGUACAGUCAGUCAGUACACAUGGAGGACCACAUCCACUGUACAUAGUUCAACGUACAGUCAGUCAGUAUGUUGGUAAGGGAGCACCGACCGUUGGUUGUAGCGGUUGCAGUGAGAGUAACUCCUCCCUCGUGUGUUCUAAUCAUUGUGUUGGAGAACACCCUGGAUCCACAGAUAACAGCAGUCCAUUCUGCCACCUCCCAGUCCUAACCGGUCAGGGCCGUCAGGGUCACGAAGGGCUGAAGCUCCAGUGCUUGAGGAGCUUCCAUGUUCAAAAUGUUGGCAAAACAUUUUCAAACAGAAAACAAAAAUGUGUAGUUUUUUUUUUUAUUGGUACUGUUUCAUACCGUUUCAGACAUUAUUCUUCUGUUUGGUGCCUACUGAACACAACCCUGACCUGACUCACAGAGACAGAGGAAGCAGGAUGUGUUUGGUCGUCAGGUGCAGUUCCACUACUUUCUCAACACUCUCAGGGCAGAUUCCCUUAGAGCAGUUUCAGGCCUGCUAG